AAACAGAGCGGCAAUAAAGCCGGCAUUUGCGUUAGGUGGUGACAGCAAAAGGAGUGCGAAAAAAUUAAAAUUGUUUAAUUUGUUGCUGUUGCUGUAAUUGGACAGCGGCUUUUUUGCCAUUGGCGCAACUAACAACAACAACAACAAUAAUAAAUAUAACAACAGCUGCAAUAAAAGCAGCCAGCUGCAUUUGUCGCUUGCAGUUUUUCUUCAUUUCGCUUUGUGCUUUGGAUUUUUGCAUGACAGCAGCAACAAAAACAACAACAAAUUAGUGCACAAAAUGCCGCCGUUUAAUUUCAUUAAGCAGGAGGUGCGUCCAAACACGAUACCGGACCUCAAGGUGGAUGCCACAUUCCGCAAGCUGCCCAAGCAGGCCGUAAGCUUUGCGCUCUGGAAAAUUGAUGAGGAUCACCUGGAGGCAGUGGCACGGCCACAAUAUGGCACCUUCUAUGACAAUUGCGCCUACAUCAUCUACGCAUCCAAUCUCGUCGGACACUAUGCCAGCCACGAGACUAUCACGCGGGAGCAGAAGCCGAAUGUGCCGCUGGAGCGGUAUAUACACUAUUGGCUGGGCAGUAAUGUCACCGAACAGAAUCGCUCGAAUGUGGUGCACAAAAUUCAGGAGCUCGACUCGUAUCUGGGCAAUGUGUCGUCCAUUUAUCGCGAAGCACAGAAUCAUGAGAGCGCACGCUUCUUGUCCUACUUCAAAAAUGGCUACGAUGUGCUCUCCGGCGCUUUGAUCAAUUCAACGCAAAAGACACGUCUCUUCCAGUUGUACGGCCGCAAAUGGUUGCGGGCCGUUGAGCUGUCCAACAUAGACUGGACGCACUUCAAUUCGGACUACAUCAUGGUACUGCUAAUGGAUGCCGUGAAAUUUGUGUGGAUUGGACGCUCCAGUGCGGCAAUUGAGCGGCGCAGCGCACUGGCCUGGGUGCAGCGGCAGCGCAAGGACGGCCAGCUGUGCAUUGUGGACGAUGGCUAUGAGCAGUCCAUGAGCGCCGAGCAGAAGGAGCUGUGGAACACCGUAUUGCCGCUGCAGCAGCGCAUGGUCUGCCAGGCACGCCAGCAGGGCAGCGAUUACGAGUGCAGCAACAAGGCCGAUGCCAAUGGCAACAAAUUUCGCAUCUACAAAUGCAAUCAACGUGGACGUCUCCACUUGGACCAGCUGGACGUUGGCAUGCCCACCAAGGAUGAUCUGAGCGAUGCGCAUGGUGUUUAUUUGCUGGACAAUUUCGGACAGAGCAUUUGGUUGUGGGUGGGCGCACAGGCAACGCAAGCGGAUGCCCUAACGGCCAUGGGCAAUGGACGCGCCUUUGUCAAGAAGAAGAAAUAUCCGAACAGCACGCUGGUGGUGCGAGUGCUGGAGGGCCGGGAGCCCGUUGAGUUUAAGCGUCUGUUCGGCAAUUGGCUGACCAUCUGGCAGGAUAAUACACGCGGCCACAAGCCCGUCUCCACCAAGUUAGGCAAAUUGGAUGCAGUUCUGCUGGGCGAACGCCCCAAAAUGGCCGCCGAUACGCAACUGGUGGACGAUGGACGUGGCGAACGCAUUCUGUAUCGCAUAUUCGGCGAUCAACUGGAGGAGCUGCCAGCCGCAAAAGCUGUGGUGUUCACCACCAACGCCUCCUAUGUGGUCAAGUACACGGUGCAGUGCGCGACCGUUGUGCCCGCUGAUCUGGCCUCCGUGGGCAUUAAGAGCAUCAUCUACCAGUGGAAUGGCUCAGAGGCGUCUGCCGAAACAAUAGCGAAGGCCGACAGCUUUGCCAUGACCAGCUUCGAGACACUGAAGGAGCCCGGCAUGUUUGUGCAGCUUUAUGAGUUCGAUGAGACGCCGCAUUUCUUGCAGCUUUUCGAGGGCAAACUAAUCAUCAUGCGUGGGCAGCGCAGCGAGCUGUUGCACUCCAAUAACAAUAUGAACUGGGACUUCAAGACGAACAUCAUGCUGGAGACAUUUCUGCUGAAGAUCUAUGGCGAUGCCAGCUACAAUGCCAAGGCAGUGGAGGAGCAUCCGCUCUCAUCGAUUAGCUCCAAGGAUUGCUAUGCCAUCAAGACGAAUCAUGUAUGGGUCUGGUGUGGCCAGAGCAGCACGGGCGAUGCACGCGAAAUGGCCAAGGCAGUCGGCGCCCUGCUGGGCGAGAGCUCACUGGUGCUGGAGGGCAAGGAGAGCAAGGAGUUCUGGCAGUCGGUCGCCAUGUAUUUCAAUCAGACGCUGGUCAUCAAUGGUCAGUCGUGCGCCAGCAGCACAACGAGCAGCAGCAGCAGCGGCGCCGGCAGCAUGUGCAACGGCAGCAGCAACGGCGUCGGCGGCAACAUCUCGCCCACAUUGAGCAACAAUUGUUAUCUGAACACCACUGUGCCCAUCAAGCCGCGUCCGCCAGUGCAGCUCUUUUUGGUCUGGUGGGAGAAGACCCAUUUGCGUUGCGAGGAAAUACUUGGCUUUGAGCAACAGGAUCUCACCGCAGAUUGCACCUACAUUCUCGAUACGGGCACCUUGGCAUACAUCUGGCUGGGCGCACAGGCGCGCAUCCAGGAGCGUGAACGAUACACAUCCAUUGCGCAGAGCUAUGUGCAGAAUGCACCAUUCGGACGACGCUCAGCUACGGCUUUAGCCAUAGUGCGGCAGCAUGCGGAGCCCAAUGUGUUCAAGGGCUUCUUUGAGACAUGGGACAAUGAGCGUGGCAAGAAUUUCCUCACCUACGAGCAGAUGCGCCAGGAAUUGGGCACCGUAGCGCCCAGCAACGGUAUAAAAGAGGGUUCCGCUUUAUUGCUUAACAACAACCAAAAGGAUUUCGAUGGACACAAAAAGUAUCCACUGGCGGUGCUGGUGCAGGAAAUGGAUAUGCUGCCACCCGAAAUCAAUCCGCUGAGGCGUGAGGUACACCUAACGCAUGAUGAUUUUGUUUCCGUUUUUAAAAUGUCCUUUUAUGAAUUCGAUGAGCUGCCCAAAUGGAAAAAGCAGGAACUUAAGAAGCUCUAUAAAUUAUUUUAAGCGAAACAUUGUGAAAUCGUAGUAGCACACACCCUGUAUAUAGUAAACGAUAAUUGGCUUUUUUUUACUCAUCUGGAAUAGUAAUAAAGCAGUUUAAGGUAUAUUA